CAGACCCGGUGUGUUUGGUAGUUGUCCACAGAGCCCGUACGUUGUCAGGCAGAACACAGUAGUUUUGCCUUGGGAACUAGCUUCUGGUUGUUCACGCUAGCUUCCACCUAGCUUAACUUAGCUUAAGUUAGCUGCCGCGUUAACGUCCUUGUUUUGAGAGCGAAGCUGCUCAUCUCUGCUCGCUGAGUGCACCAUGCUGAAUACGACCUCACAGAAAGUAGCCAGGAGCCACAAGACAUCACGCUCUGCUCAACAUGGCCCCAAGGAAAUUCAUAUAGAUGAAGAAGUCAAGAUAUCAGUAAACCUCUCUCUGGAGAGGUUCUGCUACAGCGAGCAAAAAGAAAUGCAGUUCCCCUCCUCCUUAUCCAGCACUGAGAGGGCUUUCAUUCACCGAAUGGCACAGUCUCUGGGUUACAUUUCUAAGAGCCAAGGGAAGGGAUCAAAUCGCUUUCUCACCAUUAGGAAGAAAGACGGCUCAGAGAAACCCAAGUCCACCAUGCAGCUUGUACUCUCCCACAACUCCCUAAAUUCUGUCCGCAGCUUGCUUCAGAGGUUUCCCAUCACCAGUAAGGAGCACACAGACAUGCAGCUCAACAGGAAAAGUGUCAUGUCUGGAGGUGGAAAACAUGCUGCACCCUUCGAUAACAGCUUUGACAGCAGUAGGGCGAGUGGGCGCCUAAACAGUGGCAUCCCCAUGGUGCCCGAGAGGAGGAGUGCGUCAGAACUGGACAGCUUCUGGUCCUCCCUGCCAGUCCGCGAGUGCCAGGGGGAGGUCCUCCAGUGCAUUCGAGAAAACAGAGUGGUGCUGGUGGUGGGAGAGACCGGUUGUGGAAAAACUACACAGAUCCCACAGUUCCUACUUGAUGAGUGCUGCAGAAAUAGAGAGCCCUGCAGAAUCAUCUGCACUCAGCCAAGACGCCUGGCGGCCAUAGCUGUGGCUGAGAGGGUGGCAGCAGAAAGAGGGGAGACUGUGGGUCAGACUGUGGGCUAUCACAUCCGACUGGAGAGCAGGGUCUCUCCAAAAACUCUGCUGACCUUCUGCACCACUGGAGUCUUCCUUAGAACCUUGAUGGCUGGAGAUGCUAGCCUGACAACGGUCACACAUGUGAUUGUGGAUGAGGUGCAUGAGCGUGAUGGUUUGACCGACUUCCUGCUCACUAAGAUGAGGGAUGUUCUUCAGACGAUCCCUUCACUGAAGCUGAUCCUGUCCAGUGCAGCUCUAGACAUCGACCUGUUCCUUCAGUACUUUGGCUGCUGCCCCGUUGUGCAUCUCAGAGGAAGACAGUUUGACGUGCAGGAGCUCUUCCUGGAGGACAUUUUGAGGUUAACAGACUUUACCAGUAAAGCCAUGAGGAAGUGCCAGGAAGAGAUAACAGGAAAGGAGAAGAAGAAACGUCUGACUGAGUGGUGUGAGGCCGUGGAGAACCGGUAUGUUGGGAAGAACCAAAGCAGCCCCGUGUCCGUCCAAUCCCAUGCUGAACUGUCCAGCAGCUCCCAGGACAGAGGAACGAGCAGCUACGAUGAGCUGAAUGAAAACCUCUCCGAACAGCUGGAGCCGUGGCUGCAGAAGGAAAUGGACUCAUGCAUUUCUAAUAUUUUCCUUAAUGAAGAUCAGGAUGCGUUUAUUCAGCUUUUCAACCUGAUACUUAAUGAAAGCGUUAACGUGGACUAUAAGCACAGUGAGACCGGGGCCACUCCUCUGAUGGUGGCAGCAGCUCGAGGCUUCCUUACAGAAAUGGAGCAACUGCUUAGCAUGGGAGCUGACACCAACACCAAGGCCUCCAAUGGAUGGACGGCCUUGACAUUUGCCAAACAUUUCCAGCAGAUGAACGCUGUGGAUCUUCUCCGAUCAUCCAUUCCCCUGAGAGAAGUUGGUCUCCUGGACGAGUCUGCUCUGCUACAGUGUGAGAGCACAGAGCUGACGGCUGAAGACCAGGACAUGCUCAAACUGUAUCAUCAAAGCUUUGACGAUGAGUGGGUGGACCUGGACCUCAUCAUGCAUCUGCUGCAACACAUCUUCUCCACCACCAACGACGGUGCUGUCCUGAUUUUUCUCCCUGGAUAUGAUGAAAUAGUGGCACUUAGAGACCGCAUCUUGUACGAUAAUAAGCAAUUCUCCACCUGUUCUGAAAGCUACCAGGUGUUCACUCUACAUUCAAGCAUGCAGACCAAGGAUCAGAAGAAAGCCAUGAAGACCUCUCCACCCGGUGUCAGGAAGAUAAUUUUAUCUACCAACAUUGCUGAAACCAGCAUCACCAUCAAUGAUGUGGUCUUUGUUAUUGACUCAGGGAAGGUUAAGGAGAAAUCCUUUGAUACGGUCAGUCACGCAUCUAUGUUGAAGAGUGUUUGGAUCUCAAAAGCAAGUGCCCUGCAAAGGAAGGGACGGGCGGGACGCUGCAGACCAGGUAUCUGCUUCCACCUCUUCAGUCGGCUCAGGUUCACCAACAUGCUGGAAUACCAGGUCCCACAGCUUCUGCGGAUGCCGCUACAGGAGCUCUGUCUGCAGACCAAACUGCUGGCUCCCUCCUUCUCUACAGUGGCAGAAUUUCUGUCCAAAGCGCCUCAGCCUCCUCCUGUGCACGCCGUCAGGAACGCUGUGCACAUGCUGAAGACCAUAGGUGCUAUGGACCAGCAUGAAGCCCUGACCGAUCUGGGCUACCACUUAGCGGAUCUGCCAGUAGAGCCUCAUCUAGGCAAGAUGGUGCUUUGUGCUGUUGUGCUCAAGUGUCUGGACCCUAUUCUCACUAUUGCCUGUACGCUGGCCUAUCGAGACCCCUUCAUCAUUCCUGUCAACAGCUCUCAAAAACGAGCUGCUCUGCAGUGUCGCACACGCUUCUCGUCCAACACUUUCAGUGACCACAUGGCCCUGUUGAGAGCCUUCCAGGCCUGGCAGAAGGCCCGCACUGACGGCUGGGAGAAACCUUUCUGUGAGAAGAACUUUCUGUCCCAAGGCACCAUGGACAUGAUACUUGGCAUGAGGACACAGCUGCUGGGACAGCUCCGUGCUAUCGGUUUUGUGAGAGCUCGUGGAGGGAGCGACAUCCGUGACGUGAACCUGAACUCGGAGAACUGGGCUAUCGUUAAGGCGGCCCUGGUGGCUGGCAUGUAUCCUAAUCUGGUCCAUGUCAACCCAAAGACCUCCCUGUUGUCCUGUAAGAAAGAAAAGAAGGUCAACUUUCACCCCACGUCUGCCCUGAGCCCGUCCCAAGUUAAAGAGAACGGCCCAGCGAAGGGGCAGGGCCUUCCCACAGACUGGCUGAUCUACGAUGAAAUGAGCCGCGGCCACAGGAUGGCCAGUGUCCGCUGCUGCUCCUUGGUGACUGCCGCCACCGUGGCCAUAUUUGGAGGAUGCGUCGAGCUAAACGGCUGUGCUGUGCCAGAGCCUGCUGUUCCAAGACAAGCUGACGGUCCACUGGAUGACGUCAGUGACGAUGAGACUGGGGACCUACAGGAGGUCAAGGUAGAUGACUGGCUUGUCUUCAAACUGGAUUCACAGUCUGCAGGGCUUCUGCUUCAACUGAGGCAAAAGUGGCAAAACUUUUUCAUCAAGAGAAUCCAUAGUCCUUCAAAGCCGUGGACUCAGGAGGACGAAGCCAUCAUCCGGACACUGGUUUCUGUGCUCACAGCCGAGGAACAGCGAGCCGGCCUGCAGCAGCCCCCAGGGAUCGGCCAGCGGCCUCGGCCCAUGUCAUCAGAGGAGGGCUACCAGCCGUCAGUGAAAGGCUCCAGGAGUAAAGCCCAGCUGACCUCCCAUGACAAGACGCCGGUGACCUCACGUCUGUAUCAGAGGAGACCACAGGACAGAGAAGAGCUGUCAGUGCCCAGAGCUCAGCUCCCUGGUGACUCACACUUCUCUGAUUGCUUCUACUCAGAAAGUUCCUCUGACAGCCCCUCUCCCUGCUCGUCAGGAAAGCAGGUUUCAAAGCCUGUGUCCCCUAAAUGGUCCACUUCAUCUGUGCGGUACUUUAUUAUGAAGAGCAGCAAUGUCAGGAAUAUAGAAAUUUCCCAGCAGAAAGGCAUCUGGUCUACUACACCAAACAAUGAGACAAGACUUGCGAAGGCCUUCCUGGAGAGUGAUCUUGUUAUUCUCAUCUUCUCUGUUCAAGGCUCUGGACACUUCCAGGGCUACGCACGCAUGACGUCAGGCAUCAGUCAGGAGGGCUGCCAGGACUGGGGCUUCAUGGGACUGGGAGGAGUGUUCAACGUACAGUGGAUCCAUAAGGAGAGUCUAUCUUUCCUGAGCAGCCAACACAUCCAUAAUUCAUGGAAUGAUAACAAGAAGGUGCAGAUCAGCAGAGAUGGACAGGAAUUGGAUCCCCAGGCAGGCAGCCGCUUGCUGUUACUGUGGAAGAGAGACUCCAAUACAACUUGAUGAACACGAAAGGCGACCAUAUCAUUCAUUUGGAAGCAAGACUUCAGCUUGUUUCUCUCAUAAAUGUUUAACCUAUUUAAAUAUUUGUUCAAAUGUUUUGUUAGUAAAUUUUAAUGUGUUCAUUAUUGCUGCAAUAUGGUGAGAAAGAAUUUUGUAUUGUUGAUUUGCGACGUUGUCACAACAGUGUUAAUAAGAUAAUAAAUUAAAUAGUAAUUUAA